AAUGUAGAAAAGUUUGGGAUGUCCUGAUUAAAAAAGAAAAGUAGACAGACUAUCUUUCUUAUUUCCCACCAAUAAAUAUGUUGAAUAUCAAACACUGGAAUCAGAGAAUUUACCUGAAGACAUUGAAAGAGAAGUAGCAAUACCUUUCAUUUUUUUCUCUCACACUCUCCCUAUUCUUAACUUCUUAAGGAUAAAUAUGGCUGCUCCUGUAGAAUCUACUUCAGUUUCAGCUUCUUCUUCUACCCCUUCUCUUUCUCACCCUCUCAAAUGCUUCGAUUUCCCACAACAUCCUCCUCAGUUAUCUCUCUCCCCUGAGCAGAUAGAAUAUUGCAAUGAUGCUAUUCACUGUCUCAAGGAGAAUUUGGGGCACCCUGAUUUCAAAGAACGCGAGUUUGAUCUUCUUGAGGUAGAAUCAAUGAAAGAAUCUGAUGUGGAAGAGAAAAAGGAAGAACUCUGUAAGGUGGCUAUUCAUGUUGACAAUUUGAACAAAAAUCGGUAUCCAAAUGUCUUACCAUUUGACAGCAACAGAAUUGUCCUGACAGACGGGGGUUACAUCAAUGCAAGCUUUGUAAAAUCUUCUGCAGAACAUGCUCCUCAGUUCAUAGCCACACAAGGUCCAUUGCCAAGCACAUUUUCAGAUUUCUGGGAAAUGGUGUUGCAGUAUCGCUGCCCUGUGAUUGUAAUGCUUACACGGUUGUUUGAAGGGAAGUUGAAGUGUGAUGACUAUUUUCAAGCAGAGAAUGGACCUAAUGAAUUUGGCAACAUUUCUAUCGUCACGACUUGGAUAAAAGAAACUGGGAGCUCCUUGGUUUUUAGGCAUUUGGAAGUCACCAAAGCAGAGUCAAAAGAGCCACCAUUGUCAGUUUUGCAUAUUCAGUAUCUUGGGUGGCCAGAUCAUGGCACACCGAAGGACACAUUAGCUGUUCGAGAGAUUUUCAGAAGAACUUUUCAUCAGUCUCCCAGUGUUGGCCCGAUAUUGGUGCACUGCAGUGCUGGAAUUGGCCGUACUGGAACAUACUGCACCAUUCAUGAUACAAUCCAAAGAAUUCUAGGAGGAGAUAAGUCUGCCUUAGAAUUAGCCAAAACUGUCAAGGCAUUCAGAUUUCAGCGAGCUGGAAUGGUCCAAUCGCUGGAUCAAUACAAGUUUUGCUACAAGGCUGUGAUAGACGAAUUGGAGGAGCUCAUAUCAGGAGGAAAUAAUCCUUAAAUGCUCAAUAUGGUAUAAUUUAAUUGUUUGCAUUAUCUUUUCUUUGUUAAUUAAACUUCUGUCUUUUAGACAAAACUAGCAUUAUGGAUCGUCUCUUUAUGUUUCAGCUCACCUAUAAGCCUCCGCACCAGUUUCUUGAAACACUGGUUUCUGCUGCAAAAUCCAAUGGAAAACUCAUGUUUUUGCUUUUAGAGUGUGUUUGUUAGAAGCACGCCUUAUAGGUGGCUUCUGUUUGCUUUUACAGUGUGUUUGUUGUUGUAUUGUUGUGUCGAUGAAGUUGUGUGUUUCAAGCUUUCUAGAGUCAUUUACAUUUCUUGGAAAAUUAAUAAUACGAUCUGCAAGAUAAUUUCUUCUUUAGGUA